AUGGAAAGGUCCCURGAGGGUGGGGAUGAGUCCCCAGACUCCCAGGGGCACGCCACCGACUGGAGGUUUGCUGUAUGCAGUUUCAGGGAUGCCUGGGAGGAGGAGGACUCUGCUUCCCAGAAGCAGAUUAAGGACCCUAGUCCUCCACGACCACCUGCCCAGGGUGAAGGGCUUCUGGGCAGCCCCUUGUCCAGGGACCUACAAUUACCUUCAGAACUACAGGCUAUAGAUGGAUCGGGGGAUGGCCAGAAGAGCACAUUAGGAGGCUCCUCAGUCCAGUCAGAGGAGCCAUUCCCCUCUGGAGUGGAGAGCCUCUUGUGCCCCAUGUCCUCCCACCUCAGCCUGGCACAGGGUGAAAGUGACAACCCAAGGGGAGGUUUGGUAGGGGACCCAGGUUCAGGAGAGGCAUUGCCGGCAGUCUUAGGCCCUGGGGGGUUGGACAGCAGCCCUGUGGAUCUUGGAGACACUUUAUCAGACACAUCAUCAAAACCGAUGGUAACAGACUCUAGGAGAUCCAGCCUUCCCAAGUCUGCCGACUGCCUCCUGGCCCAAAACCUCACCUGGGAACUGCUGGCCAGUGGCAUGGCUGCCUUGCCAGGAACUCGUGAUGUAGAAGGCCGAGCUGUGCUACUGCUGUAUGCCCACAGCCCAGCCUGGCUUCACCCCAAGUGCAGCAGCCAUGAACUCAUCUGCCUCCUACUCUAUUUGCGAGGCAUCCCCAGGCCUGAAGUCCAGGCCCUGGGACUUACCAUACUAGUUGAUGCCCGGAUUUGUUCCCCAAGCUCUUCCCUCUUGUGGGGGCUAUGCCAACUACAAGAAGCAGCUCCGGGGUCAGUGCACCAGGUGCUGCUAAUGGGAAAAAUGCCUGAGGAGGUACCUUCAGGGCUUCAGCUGGAGCAGCUGCCCUCUCAUCAGAGCCUGUUGACCCACAUCCCUACUGCAGGGUUGCCUACUUCAUUAGGAGGAUGCCUGCCUUACUGCCACCAGACUUGGCUGGAUUUCCGAAUGCGACUGGAAGCCCUCCUGCAGAGCUGCCAGGCGGUUUGUGCCCUGCUCCAGGGGGCCAUCAAGAAUGUGAAGGCUGUACCUCAGCCUAUGGAUUUUGGGGAAGUUGGUCGGGUGCUACAGCAGGCACAGGUCCUGAUGCAGCAGGUGCUGGAUUCACCACAGCUGGCAUGGCUACAAUGCCAGGGGAGCUUAGAACUAGCAUGGCUGAAGCAGGAGGUCCGAGAGGUGACCCUGAGCCCAGACUACAGGCCAGCGGUAGACAAGGCUAAUGAACUAUAUGGCCGUGUAGAUGGACUGCUGCAUCAGCUGACCCUGCAGAGCAACCAGCGAGUGCAGGCACUAGAGCUGCUCCAAACACUGGAGACCCAGGAGGGCAGGCUGCACCAGAUUGAAGUAUGGCUACAGCAGGUUGGCUGGCCAGCACUGGAGGAGUCAGGGGAACCCUCACUGGACAUGCUGCUUCAGUCUGUAGGCCCUUUCCGGGAGCUGGACCAGGUUGCCCAGGAGCAGGUCAGGAGAGGGGAGAAGUUUCUACAGCCACUGGCUGGCUGGGAGGCAGCUGAACUGGGUCCCCCUGGGGUGCGCUUUCUGACCCUGCGAGCCCAGCUGAUAGAAUUCUCUAGGGCUUUAGCCCAGCGGCGCCAGAGGCUGGCAGAUGCUGAGAGACUGUUUCAGUUCUUCAAGCAGGCCUCAACAUGGGCUGAGGAUGGGCAGCGAGUACUGGCAGAGCUGGAGCAGGAGCACCCAGGGGUUGUGCUACAGCGGCUACAGCUGCACUGGACCCAGCACCCUGACUUGCCUCCUGCGCACUUCAGAAAAAUGUGGGCUCUGGCCACAGGGCUGGGUUCAGAGCGCAUCCGCCAGGAAUGCCGCUGGGCCUGGGCACAGUGUCAGGAUACCUGGUUGGCCCUAGACCAGAAGCUAGAGGCUGCACUGAAGCCACCACUGACAGGCAGCACAGCUAGCCUGCGUGUCAGCCAGGUUCCUGCAGUACCUGCUACUCCUCCCUUGAGGAAGGCCUACAGCUUUGAUCAGAAUCUGGGGCAGAGUCUCAAAGAGCCUGCCCACCACUUCCAUCAUGCUGCCAUUGUCACUGCCUGCCACAAACCAGAGGCUGGAGGAGGUACCCGUCCCAGGUCAUACUCUACUUUGCCUCUACCAGGCAAAGACCUCAAGAGCCCCAAUAGGCCACAGUUGGUGUUGGCAGAGAUGGUGGCCACUGAGCGAGAGUAUGUCCGGGCCCUUGACUACACCAUGGAGAACUAUUUCCCUGAGCUGGAUCGCCCCGAUGUGCCACAGGGUCUCCGUGGCCAGCGAGCUCACCUUUUUGGUAACCUGGAGAAGCUGCGGGACUUCCAUUACCAUUUCUUCUUGCGUGAGCUGGAGGCUUGCACCCAGCACCCACCCCGAGUAGCCUAUGCCUUCCUACGCCACAGGGUGCAGUUUGGGAUGUAUGCACUCUACAGCAAGAAUAAACCUCGCUCUGAUGCCCUGAUGACCAGCUAUGGUCACGCCUUCUUCAAGGACAAGCAGCAAGCACUGGGAGAUCAUCUGGACUUGGCCUCCUACCUGCUAAAGCCCAUCCAGCGCAUGAGCAAGUAUGCACUGCUACUGCAGGAGUUGGCACGGGCCUGUGGGGGACCUGCACAAGAGCUGAAUGCCCUGCAGGAGGCCCAGAGCCUUGUACACUUCCAGCUACGACAUGGCAAUGACCUGCUAGCCAUGGAUGCCAUCCAGGGCUGUGAUGUUAACCUCAAGGAGCAGGGGCAGCUAGUGCGACAAGAUGAGUUCACAGUGCGCACUGGGCGUCACAAGUCUCUUCGUCGUGUUUUCCUCUUUGAGGAAUUGCUACUCUUCAGCAAACCUCGCCGUGGGCCUGCGGGUGUUGACACAUUUACCUAUAAGCGUUCCUUCAAGAUGGCAGACCUUGGCCUCACUGAGUCCUGUGGGGAUAGCAAACUGCGCUUUGAGAUCUGGUUCCGUCGUCGCAAGGCCAGGGACACCUUUGUGCUACAGGCCUCUAGCUUGGCCACCAAGCAGGCCUGGACAUCUGACAUCUCCUGCCUGCUCUGGAGGCAGGCUGUCCAUAACAAGGAGAUGCGUUUGGCUGAGAUGGUGUCCAUGGGUGUGGGGAACAAGGCCUUCCGGGACAUCGCACCCAGUGAGGAAGCUAUCAAAGACCGCAAURUCAACUGUGUCCUAAAGUGCCGAGAAGUUCGCUCUCGGGCUUCCAUUGCUGUGGCCCCAUUUGACUAUGACAGCCUCUACCUGGGGUCCUCAAGCUCCCUUCCUGGAGACCCUGCCUCUUGCUCUGUUCUGGAGUCCCUCAACUUGCACCUGUACAGACAGCCGGCUCUUCUGGGUGUCCGCUGGCCCCUGUAUCCUCCCAACUUCCCAGAGGAAGCAGCAUUGGAAGCUGAGGCAGAACUGGGCAGCCAGCCCUCUUUGACUCCUGAGGACUCUGAAGUCUCAUCCCAGUGCCCAUCAGCCAGUGGCUCCAGUGGCUCUGACAGCAGCUGUGUGUCAGGGCAGGUCUUGGGCAGGGUCCUUGAGGACUUGUCCUAUGUCUGA